UGUGGUGCUGGAGAUGGAGGAGCCAGUGGGAGGUGAAACUGAACUAGAGGGAAGAGUUAAGCCUAGUUCUUCUCCUUAUCACUUUGCACAGCGGGAAUCAGAAGAAGAACCGAAAGAAACACAGCUUUCUUCCAAACCUGACAUUGGUCUCUGUCCACCUCUCAUUGCUAUAAAAAAAGGUAAGGGAGGAAAUAUUGACGCGGAAAGUAAGCACCGUAGGCGUAGAGGUGUCUUGAAGACAAGGAGCACUGAGCUAGGAUCUGCUGUCACAGGAUCACCUCUGACUGGUGCUCUUCUGCCAACCAGCAAGAAAAGCAUUGUGCUUUCCAGUGAAGCUAGGAAAGAACUAGCCAAGCAAGUCAAAGUCCUCAAAGAGGAGAGAAGAACUCAGUUAGAUGAAAGAUACAAGUAUUUGAUAUCAAGAUUAGCGGAUGGGAUAGGCUUAAAUGAGCAGCAAGUGGAGGAGGCCAUAAUUUCUGAUGACAAGUUUCAACUUAUAGAAGAAUUCUUUGCCCCUAGCGGCCUUAAAAAAUUACUCUUCUUUUACCAAGAUGUAUUGCAGCAAAAGUCGAAUGCUUCACUGGGAUCAGAUGGGUCAACCAGCAGUUUCCCUCAGAAGUUGUUAUUCAUUACCAUGGGUUCUACUGAGAGCUUGACAGGAACUUGUGCGUUCUUCCUAAAGACAUCAGAGAAAGUGAUAACUACAUCAAAUGUCUCCCAGGAAGUGAAUUUUGGCAUAUUUGAUUGUACUGAUGGAAAUAUCCUUCAGGGCCUGGAAUUUUUCUUGUCUCAAGUCAUGGUACCAGCACUUAACUCCCAACAGCACUGGGGAGCUAUGAAAGAAGGCUUGAAGAACAGACAGAUACAAGACUUUCUCAGUUCUGUGGAUAAAUUUGUGAGUACUCUGUUAUCAUCAAGACAGAAUUUAGAAGACAAAAUUCAGCUCGCAAAAGUGGAUAUUGACGUUUAUGUCAGCAAUUUACAAAACCCAUCUGACUGUAUAACUGCAGGCAGUAACACAGAGGUCACUGAGAAACUUGAAGAGCUGUUAAUGGUCUGGAUCAAACAGAUUGGACAAGUUUUAGCGGAAAGUGAACAAAUGAGAAAAGAAGCUGAUGACAUCGGUCCAUCUGCAGAGCUGGAACACUGGAAGUCAAGAAUGGCAUCAUUUGACAGCCUUUUAGAAGAGAUAAAGAGUCCAAGAGUAAAGAAAGUUCUAAGUAUUCUUCAGGCAGCGAGAUCAAAGACAUUAAAGCAGUGGAAAGAGCUGGAUGGUAAUAUAACAACUGCUGCCAAUGAAGCUAAAGACAAUGUAAGAUAUUUAUAUACAUUGGAAAAGUUCUUUGGUCCACUUGGCAAAGCUUCACCUGUAACAAUGAUGGAGCACAUACCCAGCUUAAUGAAUACUGCCUGUAUGAUUUACUGUACGUCACCAUACUAUAACACGUCACAGUGUAUGACAUCUCUUCUUCUUAAAAUCACUAAUCAGCUGAUUAAAACAUGCAAGGCAUAUUUAAGUGAAGGUGUUUCAAAAAUCUGGGACCUGGACAGGCAAGAACUGCUAAAGAGGAUACAACAAUGCAUUUUCCUCAAUGAACAGUAUCAAGCAUCCUUUCAGAGAAUCAGGAAGAAUCUAAAAGAAAAUCUAACUGACAGGCAAUUUGAUUUCAGUGAAAACUAUAUAUUUGGAAAAUUUGAUACAUUCUGUAAACGUUUGGAGAAGAUUUCAGAGAUGAGCAGUAUUAUGGAAAGCCUUUUAGAGUUCCAGCAUAUAAAAAUAGAAGGUAUUGAAGAGAUCAGUGCUCAUUACCAGAGCAUUGCUGCAAACACCAAAUCAAAAAAGUAUGAUGUUCUGGAUCACAGAAAACAAGAGUUUGAAAAAGAUUACCUUGAAUUUAAGAGCCAAAUUGCAGCAUUGUACCAGUCCAUACAAGAAUUUGUAGAUUCCUGGUUUGAGAAGACUGUAACUACUGAACAGAUGCUGGGACUUCUGAUGAAGCUUGAAGAAAUAGCGGGAAAUCAUAUUGAUCUUAAUGAGAAGUAUAGCAUUGUCCUUCAUCAAUACAGCCGAGACUUAGACUUUGUUCAAAAACUCUACCAGAAGCAAAAAGAAAAUCCACCUGUACCACGUAAUAUACCACCAGUAACAGGGAAGAUUAUGUGGGCUCAGCAGUUAUACAGAAAAAUUGACAAUCCAAUGAAAUUCCUUAAAAAGAAAAGCGCUCUUCUGAAGACACUAGAGAUGAAAAAGGUUGUUAAGAGCUACAACAAAAUGGCUGCAGUUCUAUUGGAAUUUGAACUUCUUUAUCACAGAGCGUGGUGUAGGUUUGCUGACCAAGCUAGAAAUGCUCUUUGUGCUUCUUUACUAUUCAGACAUCCAGAAACCAAGGAAUUAUUUGUAAACUUGGAUCCAGUGGUCCUGGAAGUACUUUAUGAAGCAAAAUACCUGAAAAAAAUGCAUUUUGAAGUUCCAGAUGUUGUCCUUUGUUUGUGUGCAGAUGAAGACCGGAUUAAAAGACAUCAAAUGGCACUUCAGGAUCUGUUGAUGGAUUACAAAGAGUGUCUGAAUAGAAUUCCUGUUAUACUGGAACCACUGAUGAAACCAUUUAUAGCUCAAGUUGAGGAAGCCCUUACUCUGGGCCUGAUACAGUUGUCAUGGACUUCUUCAAACAUCAAUAAAUUUAUUGAGAAUGCUUAUGAUACCCUGAGGGAAUUGAACUAUAUAGUCAAAGAAGCAGCUGACCUUUUGGAAUGCAGAAUUGAAAGAACUCUGCAGGACAUGUCGAACACUGCUCUGAUAACUUUACCAGAAGAUGAACCUAUAGAUGUGCUUGCUUUCCUGGAACAGACAGAAAAACUUACUAUCUCUGCUGCUGACACACUGUCUCAACAAAGCCAGCAAGUGGAAUGCUCUAUGUAUGAACUGGUUGAUAUUCUUAAGCAAAGGCUGAAAGCAGAUGUGAGAAGCACUCUGGAGGAUUCAUAUGCCUGUACACAUCUUGACACAAAACAGAAAACACGCUGCCAAGAAUGCCUGUCCUGUGGUUACUAUAAUCUGAUGGGACAGCUUUGUCAGAAGAAUACUGACUCUUUAGUCAGAUGCACAAGGAUUUCUUUAGAGUCCUUAAGAGAUCGCUUGCGUGUUGUUGACUCUAGAUAUCAUAUGACCAAGACUGUAGAGACACAGAGGGUUCCUCUGUUCAAAGCUGAAAUUCAACUGGCUAUUCCAAAUGUUGUCUUGAGACCAAGUCUUGAAGUUAUUCAGAAUGCUGUAAACAAAGCAGUAAAUAUGAUGUUAUCAGCAGCCAAAGAUAUUCCCCUGUGGAAAUUUGCUUACUUGCAUCAUAAGCAGCAGCAGCAGCAGAUUGAACAAGCUGUUGCUAUAGACCUGGGAGAUGAGAGCAGACGCGCCAGGAUGGUGGCAGUGAAAUCUUUAGACAAGCAGAUCAUCGAGCAUAAGGAUAUAAUCAAAGUUAUGAUCCAACUAAGCACAAUUAUUUUAUCUCUUAAGACCAAAGCAGCGGAUAUCCUGAACAGCUUUUCUAAAUUUUCAGGCAUCUGGAACCAGGAUCCAGAGGAAAAAGUGAAGGAAUUUAUAGAGACUAACCCAACAAUGGCAGAAUUCCAAACUCAAAUGAGUUACUUUUCUCAACUGGAAAUACAAAUCAGAGAACUGCCAAAGCGCUGUAUACUGGAAUCAGUGGAUAUUGCCACCUUGAAUAAACAGUCUGCCACAGACAUGGAUGAAAUUUAUUCAUUCAUUGACAAUCUCAGCAAGAGAUUAAACAGGCCUAUCCAUGACCUUGAUGAUGUACGGGGAGCAAUGGAAGCACUGAAGGAAAUUCGAGAGAAUGAGAUUAAAAUUGACAUGACAAUUGGACCAGUAGAAGAAUCUUAUUCUAUGCUUCAUAAAUACAAUCUACUCUUUCAAGAUGGAAACACAGAAAGAGUUGAUGGAUUGGCUUAUGCUUGGAAGAACCUAAACACACAGGCACUGCAGACUGAGGAUUUGCUCCUAAAGGUACAACCAGCCAUGAAAACAGAUUUACUGAGUGGUGUACAAAAAUUCCAGAUUGAUACUGCAGAAUUUUACAAAGACUAUGAGGAAAAGGGUCCCAGUGGGGAGGAUAUUCCUCCCCAUGAAGCAAGUGACAGAUUACAGGUCUUCCAAGCCAAAUUCAAUGACCUCUGGAGGAAGUAUAUCUCUUUUUCUGGUGGAGAGGAGUUAUUUGGUCUUCCUAUCACAGAGUAUCCUGAGCUGCACAAAAUUAAACGUGAGCUUUCAUUGCUUCAGAAACUUUACAGUCUUUAUAAUUCAGUCAUUGCUGAUAUCAACAGAUAUAAUGAAAUGCUUUGGAAUGAUUUAAAUAUUGAAAAAAUUAACAAUGAACUUCUAGAUUUUCAAAACAAAAUCCGUAAGUUACCUAAAGCACUGAAGGAAUGGCAAGCUUUUCAAGACCUAAAAAAGAAAAUUGACGACUUCACAGAGAUCUGUCCUUUGCUUGAAAUGAUGGCAAACAAAGCAAUGGAGUCACGACACUGGGAAAGAAUUGCACAAGUAACUGGCCAUCGCUUUGAUGUUCUCUCUGAAAAUUUCUCUUUGAAGAACGUAAUGGAUGCCUCAUUAUUAAAACAUAAAGAAGAUAUUGAGGAUGUCUGCAUCGGUGCCCUUAAAGAAAAGGAUAUUGAAGCAAAAUUGAAGCAUGUCAUUAGUGAAUGGAAUACUCAGGCUUUUACUUUUGGCCAAUUCAAAACUCGAGGAGAACUCCUUCUGAAGGGGUCAGAUAUACUGGAGAAAAUAGCUUUGAUGGAAGACAGCCUCAUGAUAUUGGGCUCACUCAUGAGUAACAGGUAUAAUGCACCAUUUAAGUCCACUAUACAACUGUGGGUCCAGAAGUUGACCAGUACUGCAGAAAUAAUUGAAAACUGGAUUUCUGUACAAAACCUCUGGAUUUACCUUGAAGCUAUUUUUGUUGGUGGAGACAUUGCAAAACAGCUGCCUCAGGAAGCCAGAAGAUUUCAGAACAUUGAUAAAUCGUGGCAGAAAAUUAUGCAGAAAGCCCAUGAAACAUCAAAUAUCGUGCAGUGCUGUGUUGGAGAUGAGACGCUAGCACAGCUAUUACCACAUUUGCUGGAGCAACUGGAAAUCUGUCAGAAAUCACUAACUGGAUAUUUGGAAAAAAAACGGUUAAUAUUUCCAAGAUUUUUUUUUGUAUCUGACCCGGCUCUUCUGGAAAUUCUUGGUCAAGCAUCGGAUUCCCACACUAUUCAGGCACAUUUAUUAAGUUUGUUUGACAAUGUUAACCGAGUGAGAUUUCAUGAAAAGAACUACGACCAGAUUUUAUUGUUUGAAUCUCAAGAAGGAGAACAGGUCAAUAUUAUUGAACCGGUUUUAGCUCAGGGAAAUGUGGAACUCUGGUUAGGUCAGCUGCUGAAUGGAAUUAGGAAAACAAUCCACAUCAUCAUUAGACAGGCAUUUAUAGCCAUUAGCAACUCAGGAUUUAAGCUGUAUGAUUUUCAGGCAAUGUUUCCUGCACAAGUAGGACUCCUGGGAAUUCAAAUGAUCUGGACCAGAGAUGCAGAAAAUGCACUGAACAGUACCAAAACAGACAAAAAGGUAAUGCACACAACAAGUCAGAAGUUUUUGGGACUUUUAAAUGAUUUGAUUGACAUGACAACACACAAUCUGACAAGAAUGGAACGCACAAAAUAUGAAACUUUAAUUACUAUUCAUGUACACCAGAAGGAUAUCUUUGAUGAUUUGGUUCGUAUGAACAUUAAAUCUCCAUCUGAUUUUGAAUGGCAAAAACAGUCUCGAUUUUACUUUCUUGAAGACCUGGACAAAUGCAUUAUCCAAAUUACUGAUGUAGAGUUCACCUACUGCAAUGAAUACUUAGGGUGUACAGACAGACUUGUUAUAACUCCUUUAACUGACCGGUGUUAUAUCACUCUGGCACAGGCCCUGGGCAUGAGUAUGGGUGGUGCACCAGCAGGACCUGCGGGAACAGGGAAAACAGAGACAACUAAAGACAUGGGCAAAUGCCUGGGAAAGUAUGUUGUUGUUUUCAAUUGUUCAGACCAAAUGGACUAUAGAGGAUUGGGCCGUAUCUAUAAAGGUUUAGCCCAGUCAGGUGCCUGGGGUUGCUUUGAUGAGUUUAACCGCAUUGAACUUCCAGUUUUAUCAGUAGCUGCUCAGCAGAUAUAUAUUGUACUUCAGUGUAAGAAAAAUAAGAAACUUCAGUUCAUUUUCACUGAUGGUGAUGUUGUAGCCAUGGACAGAGAAUUUGGCAUAUUUCUGACUAUGAAUCCAGGCUAUGCAGGACGACAGGAACUUCCAGAAAAUCUGAAGAUUCAGUUUCGCACUGUUGCUAUGAUGGUGCCUGACCGUGGUAUUAUUAUGCGAGUCAAGCUAGCAAGUGCUGGUUUCCGAGACAACCAAAUCCUUAGUCGAAAAUUCUAUACACUCUACAAGCUCUGUGAAGAGCAGUUAUCUAAACAGGUUCACUAUGACUUUGGGCUAAGAAAUAUCCUGUCUGUUUUAAGAACACUUGGAACAGUGAAAAGAUCUAAUCCUAAAGAGCCAGAGAAAACAGUGGUGAUGAGAGUUCUGCGGGACAUGAACCUCUCCAAACUGGUGGAUGAAGAUGAACCUUUAUUUAUGAGUCUCAUUAAUGACCUAUUCCCUGGAAUUACUCUGGAUAAACCUGGCUAUCCUGAACUGCUGUCAGCCAUUCAGACACAGGCAGAGAAAGCAGGACUUAUUCAUCAUCCACCAUGGAUUCUGAAACUAAUUCAGCUGUAUGAAACUCAACAAGUCCGACAUGGUAUGAUGAUACUGGGUCCAACUGGCACAGGAAAGACAAAAUGCAUUCAUAUUUUGAUGAAAGCAAUGACAGAUUGUGGAGCCCCUCAUAAAGAGAUGAGAAUGAACCCAAAGGCAAUCACAGCUUCCCAGAUGUUUGGUACUCUUGAUGUUGCUUCAAAUGACUGGACAGAUGGCAUUUUCUCUACUUUAUGGAGAAAAACUUUAAAAUCAAAGAAGGGUGAACAUAUUUGGAUAGUUUUGGAUGGACCUGUCGAUGCAAUAUGGAUUGAAAAUCUCAACUCUGUUCUGGAUGAUAAUAAGACCCUUACUUUGGCUAAUGGAGAUCGUAUUCCAAUGUCCCCCACCUGCAAAAUUAUUUUUGAACCUCACAACAUUGACAAUGCUUCUCCUGCAACAGUUUCUCGUAAUGGGAUGGUCUUCAUGAGCUCUUCAGUGUUAGACUGGAGGCCUAUUCUAAGGGCUUGGCUGCAGACAUUACCUGUUACAUACUCUGAUGUCUUAUGGAAUUGCUUUAAUACUAUAUUUCAGGAUAUAAUUGAUUUUGUUUUCUCUGCUGUGACACCAAAAAUGCCAAUUUUAGAAUGCAUGUACAUCAAACAAGCUAUUGACCUCCUACAGGGUUUAUUGUCAGACACGGAUGAGAAGCAGCCUACCAAGGAACACGUUGCUCGCUUGUUCAUUUUUGCUGUAAUGUGGUCAAUUGGAGCUCUUUUGGAACUGGAUGACAGGCUGAAAAUGGAGCUGUUCCUGCGGAAGCAUUCUGCAGUGAAAGAACUUCCAGCUGUGAAUGGUGAAGAGACCAUGUUUGACUUUGUUAUCAGUGGCUGUGGCCAGUGGGAGCACUGGUCAAAGAAGGUCCCAGAAUAUUUUUACUCUAAAGAUUCAGUACCAGAAUAUACUUCCAUUCUAGUUCCAAAUGUGGACACUGUCCGAACAGACUUUCUAAUGCACACUAUCAUGAAACAAGGAAAAGCUGUUUUGCUGAUUGGGGAACAGGGAACAGCAAAAACAGUUAUGAUUAAGGGUUACACAACUAAGUAUGAUCCUGAUGUUCAUUUGACAAAAUGUCUAAACUUCUCUUCUGCAACUCUGCCAAAUAUGGUCCAAAGGAGCAUAGAAAGUUACAUAGAUAAAAGAAUGGGCACCACAUAUGGUCCUCCAGCAGGGAAGAAAAUGACUGUCUUUAUUGAUGACAUCAACAUGCCUAUGAUUAAUCAAUGGGGUGACCAGAUCACCAAUGAGAUUGUAAGGCAGCUGAUGGAACAGAAGGGUUUCUACAAUUUAGAAAAACCAGGAGAAUUUACGAAUGUGGUUGACAUCCAGUUCAUAGCUGCUAUGAUUCACCCUGGUGGGGGUCGGAAUGACAUUCCACAGCGCCUGAAACGCCAGUUCACUAUCUAUAACUGCACAUUGCCUUCUAGUUCCUCUAUUGACAAAAUAUUUCGAACAGUAGCUGAAGGUUAUUUCUGUCAACAGCGAGGUUUCUCUGAAGAAAUAUGUGAACUGGCAUCAGCAUUAGUACCUACAACUCGAAAGAUUUGGCAAACAACAAAAGCAAAGAUGUUACCAACUCCAGCUAAAUUUCAUUACAUCUUCAACUUACGAGACCUCAGUCGUAUUUGGCAAGGAAUACUUACCGUUACUUCUGAAGUCUGCCAGAACACUAGUGUUUUGGUAGCCUUGUUCCAGCAUGAAUGCAGACGUGUUAUUGCAGAUAGGUUCAUCAACCAAAGUGAUAAAGACUGGUUUGAAGAUAUGAUGAAAAAGAUUGCUGCUGCAGAUCAUGGUCAAAAUUUAUUCAGAGAUGGUUCUACAGAAUUAUACUUCGUGGAUUUUUUACGUGAUGUCCCAGAAACUACUGGAGAUGAACCUAAUAAUGUAGAGUUGAAGGCUCCUAAAAUUUAUGAGCCUGUCCCAUCUUUGGAUAAUUUAGCUGAAAGAUUACAGAUGUUCAUGCAGCAGUACAAUGAAACCAUCAGAGGAUCAAAGAUGGAUUUAGUAUUUUUCAAGGAUGCAAUCAUCCAUUUGAUUAAAAUAUCACGGAUUAUUCGUACUCCACAAGGAAAUGCAUUGUUAGUGGGUGUAGGUGGAUCUGGAAAACAGAGUCUGACCAGACUAGCGUCAUUUAUUGCUGGAUAUGAAAGCUUUCAGAUUACUUUAACAAGAACAUAUGCCAUCAAUAACCUUUUGGAUGAUCUGAAAUUUUUGUAUCGCUCUGCUGGGCAGAAAGGAAAGGGCAUUGCCUUUAUAUUCACAGACAAUGAAAUCAGAGAUGAGUCUUUUCUUGAGUACAUGAACAAUGUUUUGGCUUCAGGUGAGGUUUCAAAUCUUUUUGCACGGGAUGAAAUAAACGAAAUCAUACAAGACCUGAUGCCAGCAAUGAAGAAGCAGUACCCAAGGCAUACUCCCACUGGUGAAAACCUUUAUGAUUACUUUCUUACUCGAGUUCGCAAUAACCUGCAUGUAGUUCUUUGUUUUUCUCCUGUUGGGGAAAAAUUCAGAACUCGUGCACUAAAAUUUCCAGGUCUGAUUUCAGGCUGUACCUUGGACUGGUUCCAGCACUGGCCUAAAGAUGCUCUUGUAGCAGUUGCACAGCAUUUUUUAGUUUCCUACAGUAUUGAAUGCACAGAUGAAGUGAAACAUAGUGUUGUUAACACUAUGGGAACAUUUCAAGAUAUCGUAGCUGAAAAAUGUAUUGAAUACUUCGAACGAUACAGACGCCGAACGUUUGUGACUCCAAAAUCUUACCUGUCCUUCAUUGGAGGCUACAAAGCCAUUUACAAAGAGAAAUUUUCCAGUGUUGGAAGUUUGUCUGAACGCAUGAGAACAGGUCUCUCAAAACUGAUGGAAGCUGAGAUUUCAGUAAAUCAGCUCUCCAAAGAACUGGUGGAGAAGGAGAAAGAUUUGGCUGUAGCUUCAAAAAAAACUGAUGAGGUUUUAUUGGAAGUGACUGUGAAAGCUCAAGCUGCUGAAAAGGUGAAAAUGCAGGUGCAAAAGGUGAAAGACAAAGCUCAAGCCAUUGUAGAUGACAUUGCCAUUGAUAAAGCAGCAGCAGAGGAGAAGCUCGAAGCUGCAAGACCUGCAAUGGAGGAGGCUGAGGAAGCCUUGCAGACAAUAAAACCUUCUGACAUUGCAACUGUUCGCAAACUGGGUAAACCUCCUCACUUAAUAAUGCGGAUUAUGGAUUGUGUGCUACUUUUAUUCCAAAGAAAAGUAGACUCAGUUACACCUGACCAAGAACACCCAUGCGUGAAGCCAUCGUGGACUGAGGCUCUGAAACUAAUGAAUAAUUCAGGAUUUCUUAGCAUGUUGCUUACUUUCCAGAAGGACUCAAUUACAGGUGAAAUUGUGGAGCUUUUAGAGCCAUAUUUGGAUAUGGAGGAUUAUAAUCUGGAGACUGCUAAAAAAGUAUGUGGAAAUGUAGCAGGUCUUUGCUCGUGGACACAAGCAAUGGUUUACUUCUAUGGCAUUAAUAAAGAAGUCCUUCCUCUUAAGGCAAAUCUAGCCUUGCAAGAAGCAAGGCUUGCGGCUGCCCGAACUGAACUGAAUAAUGCACAAAAUCAGCUGGAUGAGAAACAGAUGGAACUGGAUCAAGUACAAGCCAUGUAUGAUACUGCUAUGAAAGAGAAGCAGGCCUUACUAGAUGAUGCUGAGGCAUGCAGAAGGAAGAUGAACAAUGCCACAGCUCUGAUUGAAGGAUUAGGUGAAGAAAAGCUUCGUUGGACAGCAAGCAGCAAGAACUUUCAAAAUCAAAUUAUUUGUUUAGUGGGGAAUGUUCUUCUGGCCACUGGAUUUCUCUCUUACUCUGGACCUUUUAAUCAGGAGUACAGGAACUUGCUGCUCCAAUUGUGGAAGAAAGAAAUGAACAACAGCAAGAUUCCGUAUAGUAAUGAUCUGAACCUUACUGGUAUGCUUGUUGACAAUGCUACAAUUGGCGAAUGGAACCUCCAGGGUCUUCCAAGUGAUGACCUUUCAAUUCAGAACGGCAUCAUUGUCACAAAAGCAUCUAGAUAUCCUUUAUUGAUUGAUCCACAAGGUCAAGGAAAGAUCUGGAUUAAAAAUAAGGAAAAGAAUAAUGAACUCCAGGUUACAGCUAUGAACCACAAGCUCUUCAGAACUCACAUAGAAGAAUGCCUGUCCCUUGGCCGACCUUUGUUAAUAGAAGAUGUUGGAGAGGAACUUGAUCCUGCUCUAGAUAACAUUUUGGAAAAAAAUUUCAUAAAAUCUGGUUCAGCGCACAAAGUGAAAGUUGGUGACAAGGAGGUGGAUCUGAUGAAGGGGUUUACCCUUUAUAUGACAACAAAAUUGGCUAAUCCUGCCUAUACUCCAGAAAUCAGUGCAAGAACAACAGUGAUUGACUUUACGGUUACUAUGAAAGGGCUGGAAGACCAGCUCCUUGGCCGUGUCAUCCUUACGGAAAAGCAGGAACUGGAGGCAGAAAGAGUCAAACUGAGGGAAGAAGUAAAAUCUAACGAAAGGAAAAUGCAGGAACUUGAAGAUAAUCUACUCUUCCUUCUAACCAGCACAGAAGGCUCUUUGGUUGAAGAUGAUUCUCUGGUAGAAGUCUUAAGAAUCACUAAAACAACAGCAGAAGAGGUCAAUGAAAAAUUAAGUGUAGCAGCAGAGACAGAGGUACAAAUCAAUAAUGCACGUGAAGAGUUUCGGCCCGUUGCUGGACGUGGUAGCAUCCUUUAUUUCCUGAUUGUGGAAAUGAGCUUGGUUAACGUCAUGUACCAAACAUCCUUGCGACAGUUCCUUGGCAUUUUUGACCUAUCAGUGGAAAGAGCUCUGAAAUCACAAAUCACAGCCAGAAGGGUAUCCUAUAUAAUUGAGUACCUCACUUAUGAAGUCUUCAAGUAUACUGUUCGAGGGCUGUAUGAAAAUCACAGAUUCCUGUUUACAUUGCUUCUGGCACUGAAGAUUGACUUGCAGGCCAAGAAGAUUUCACAUAGUGAGUUUGAGACACUCGUCAAAGGAGGUGCCAAUUUGGAUCUGAAUUCCGUGAAACCCAAACCAAAAAAGUGGAUACUUGAUAUGACAUGGCUCAAUCUUGUACAAUUAUCCAGUUUGCACCCUUUUAAUCAACUUCUGGUGCAAGUUGUGAGGAAUGAGCAGUCUUGGAAAGCUUGGUUUGAUGAAGAAGCACCUGAAAGAGCUGUUAUUCCUGAUGGGUAUGACAGCUUACUGGACCAGUUCCGUAAACUACUCCUUGUCCGUAGCUGGUGCCCUGAUCAUACAAUGGCCCAAGCUCGACACUACAUUGCAGAAUCCCUUGGUGUGAAAUAUGCAGAAGGAUUUAUUCUUGAAAUGGAAGCACUGUGGACAGAAAGUGACUGUCGGACACCUUUGAUAUGUUUUUUAUCAAUGGGGUCUGAUCCCACUGAAAAUAUAGAACUUCUUGCAAAAUCAAAGAACAUUCCUUGUCGUCCGAUUUCAAUGGGCCAGGGCCAAGAAGUCCAUGCAAGACGUUUACUAAAUCAGUGCAUGCAAGAUGGAGGAUGGCUCCUUCUACAGAACUGCCACCUUGGCUUGGAGUUUCUUAAUGAAUUAAUGGACACAGUCACAACAACAGAAUCUAUGAGUGAACAUUUUAGGACCUGGAUCACUACAGAGGCUGACCCAGAAUUUCCUAUUAACCUUUUACAGUCAUCUAUGAAAUUUACUAAUGAACCACCUCAAGGUGUGAAAGCUGGCUUAAAACGGACAUACUCUACUAUUACUCAGGAUCACCUGGAAGUGAGCAACAUGCCACAGUGGAAACCCUUGCUAUAUGCCAUAGCAUUUCUUCACACAACUGUUCAGGAAAGACGAAAGUUUGGCCCACUGGGCUGGAAUAUUCCUUAUGAAUUUAAUCAAGCAGACUUUGCAGUCAGCGUGCAAUUUGUUCAGAAUCAUUUGGAUGACAUUGACAUUAACCAUGGAGUGAACUGGAGCUGUGUUCGCUAUAUGCUUGGAGAAGUACAGUAUGGUGGCCGUGUUACUGAUGACCUUGACAAAGCACUACUGAAUACAUUUGCAAGAGUGUGGUUUGGAGAGCAUAUGUUUAGUGAGAAAUUUUGCUUCUACAAUGGUUAUAUUAUUCCAAAAGGAAAAACAGUUGAAGACUAUCUCCAGUACAUAGAACAGUUGCCAAUGGUUGAUACGCCUGAGGUGUUUGGACUUCACCCUAACGCAGAUAUAACUUACCAGACUAACUUGGCUAACAAGACAUUAAGUACAAUAAUGAGCAUCCAGCCCAAAGACAGCAGCAGUGGAGGAGGGGAAACCCGAGAAGCGGUGAUACAGCGUCUUGCUGAUGAGAUGCUGGAGAAGUUACCUCCAGAUUACAUCCCACAUGAGGUAAGAGCCCAGCUGCGAAAGAUGGGAGAUAUUCAACCGAUAAAUAUAUUUCUACAUCAAGAAAUAGACCACAUGCAACAUGUUAUAUCAAGAGUUCGAGCUACACUGACCAAUCUCAAAUUGGCUAUAGAUGGAACUAUAAUUAUGUCAGAAGAAUUGCGAGAUACCUUAGAUAGUAUGUAUGAUGCUCAAGUUCCAAAACUAUGGUUCAGGAUUUCGUGGGAGUCUGCUACUUUAGGAUUUUGGUUUACUGAGCUUCUUGAAAGGAACCAGCAGUUCAGCAGUUGGUUGCUGGAUGGCCGACCAAAUCAGUUCUGGAUGGCAGGAUUCUUUAAUCCACAGGGUUUCCUAACUGCUAUGAGGCAAGAGACAACUCGCAUGAAUUUAGCAAAAGGGUGGGCACUUGACAGUGUUGUUUUACACAAUGAUGUGACCAAAAUGAUGAAAGAAGAUGUAACUGGACCUCCUCCUGCUGACACUGGUGGAGUUUACAUAUAUGGCCUUUUCCUUGAUGGAGCAGGCUGGGACCGCAGAAACAGUAAACUGAUUGAGUCAGCACCAAAGGUGCUAUUCACAAGUCUUCCUGUAGUCCAUGUGUAUGCCGUUAGCACAGCAGUGCUACCUGACGCAAAGAAACAACAAGCAAGCAUGUACUCUUGCCCUGUGUACAAAAAGCCUCGAAGAACAGAUCUGACAUACAUUUUCUCUUUGUACCUGAAAACAGUGAAGAAUCCUGAUCAUUGGACUUUACGGGGGGUUGCGCUGCUUUGCAAUUCAAAAUAGGGAACAACAAUAGCUAUUAAAAAAGAAUCACUUAGGAAGACAAGUCUGCAGUUUGUAGGACUUUUGUUGUUAUUGUCAAAGUGGUGGGUAAGGAAAUUAGCAAGUGACCCACAGAGAUUGUUUUAAUUGUGCAGAGAUCAGUUUACUCUGUUCACAGUAGAAAUACUAAAUGUAUUUGACCUGAGAAUAUCAGAGAAAAAACAGUUACAGUUGUAAAAUGUAGCAACUGUUAUAAAGCAAGUGAGAACAUACUCAGUCAGUUCAUUCAUAGUAGAAAAACUUUAGAAAAGUGCUUAUGAUAAUGAUAACUGCUCUAAUAUUUAUGGUGUUUCUUUUCUCAAUGCUAUUUUUUCUUCCUGAUUUAAGCCUUCUUCGUGAUAUAAUAGAAUUAUUUUUAAAUUUGACUUUAUAGUUACAAAUCUAUAUCAGUUACAGAUUUAUCUUGCAUAGCAUUACUAAAGCUAUGAUGACAAGCCAAAUACAUGGUAAAACUUUGUAUCUAUCUGCAUGUAUGCUAAUGCACGGUGCUUUUGAUUUUGCAUUUGUAAACUUGUGGGGUGAUUUUUACAAAUGAAUGCUACCACUUCAUUGAAUAGUCAGAUGUUAUGCAGAUGAUCAUAGAAAAUGUAUAAACAGGCAAGUUUAUCUUUGCACAAAUGAUAGCCUUUGCACAUCUUAACUCAUUUCUAAACCUACAUCCUUUCAUAAGGAAGAUGUGCACAUGUCCAAUUAUUAGUAAGAAAAAGUUUUGAAACUCUUCUCUGAGGGGGAGGUAAGCGCAUCUGAACUUUGGAUUGCCUUUAUUGAUAUUAGCUCCAUUCACUUUAUUGCCUGAACCUUACAACCUCAUACCUCUUAAUUGCUUUUUAUCCUGUAUUUUGCAUAAGUUUUGGAGAGAAAAGUAAAAGAAACAUACACCAGUUUUGGGACAUAGGUUCACCUGGAAGUGAUUGAAGUUAUUCUUGUAUGUUACCACAACUUUCAUCUACCAUAUAAUUGAAGGGUGAUUGCUACUUCUGUUUUAUAAUAUAGAAUAUUAUAACACAGCUAUUAGCAGAAAAAUUAUUUGACUUUUUUCACUAGGACAUAUUCAAAGCAACAGAAUUGCAGUUGGAUGUUGUGAAAGAAGGACUUACAGUGAGUCCUUUGUUCUUCACUUUUUUUCUCCUUGUAAACACAAUUUUCUUGUUCUGUUAGCCUGGCUUCUAAGAAAGUAGUUCAUCUUUUCCCAUAAGCAGUUUUACUCUGCAGUUAGCAACUGCAGGGCUUUUACCCUGAGGAGAUUUGAAAUUCACACUCCCUCCCGCAGCUGAGCAUAAAGUGGCAGAUUUGUUCUUGGAAGACAGAACAAGCAGUGCAGGAUCCCUUUCUGCCAUUGAGCUGGGAGCAGAACUUGCUUCACAUACAGCUCAGGAGAGAUCAUCUUACCAAGAGGAACCACCUGUUCAGAAAGUGUAUACACCAGGCGUCCCAGCAGUACAGCUGCACAUCUACUGAUUUCAUUGAGAAUUUUGUUUAUGAGAAAGGUGCAGGACCAGACUUUAGGGUCAUUGCUCCUUCAAAUUAUGAAAAAGAUGAGAGAGACUUCAAGCAGGAAAAUUGCCAUUGUAUAGAAAAUAAGGUUUUAUCCCAAGGUGUUGUCCCCUCCCUCACAUGUAUUAAGUUAACUUUGAUCUCUUAGUACGUGUAGGUUUCAACUCAGUAACUUUAAUAGUAACUGUUAAAAUGAAGAGGAUGUGUUGAAAUACUCUGCUACACCUGAAGAACUUGCUACUUGCUAUGAAAACAGGUCAUCCUCUGAUUGAUUGAAGUUAGAUGUAAUUAUUACAAAAUAAAUAUUUGAUAAACCUCAUAUGUGGUGCUACACGACAAACACCAUGGAAACUGCAUGACUUUUCUUUGUC